AUGUCGCUUCGCUGCAUGUUGGGCUUCUGGGCCCUAGCCUUCUUGGGCACAGUAUCCAAUGCAACUUUAGUAGGCAAACGGGCCAUUCAGACACAGCCCAUCGAGAUUGUCAUAGGAUCGUCUACACAGUAUGAUACUCUAACAAGUACAUUUCUCGUGCGAACUGAUGCUACCUACACUGCCACUACCCCUGUUUAUGGACAUGGUGAAGCAAACACUACAUACAACAUUCCCCUCAUGGACUCUCGAGGGCUAUCAUGUGGGACUGUCAUGGUGGAAAGCCAUGUAACUAUAUUAUCGUCGACCGACCGUAUAAUCACUGUGCCUGAGACAACCACUCUGCCUACCGAAAAUCCAUGCGACAUAGUAACCGUCAUCGUCAGAAUGCAAGGUUACAGGAAAGGCGAUACAAACGCUCCUCUUUCCCAAGAUCCGACCGUGGCUUUAUCUCCUUCCGAGACUGAAAUUUCUACCGUCCCAAUCGACUAUACCACCAUCACAAGCACAGGCACAGACACCGGUACCUCCACCAUCACCGAGGCCCCGUCAGGAUCUGGCCCUGGUACGGUGAUUGUUGUGGUACCGAGCCCAUUGGUCCCAUACGUGACCGUAACAUCCUAUGAUCGUUCGAUCACAGCUGCAGUCACGAGUACAACAGCUCCUAGAGGUCCUGGAGAAACUGGUACUGUUGUUAUCUAUGAUCCAUACGAAUGGGUGACCACGACCUCUUAUGACAAUGCCGCUUCAUCUGACUAUACAACGACUAUGUGGCCUUCUGCAUCUGGUCAUACAGGCACUGUAGUAGUCUUCAGACCGCAGCCAUAUACAACCAUUACAUCGUACGGGUCCGUCUCGACCGAUACUACAUACACCUCGCCUCCUCCUGCUCCUGGCCAGACAGGUGUUGUUUUAGUUGUAGUAAAGCAGCCAUAUACGACCGUUACCUCGUACGGAGGCGUUACGACUGAAUCUACAACCACCAUAGUUCCAUCCACUCCGGGUCAAACUGGCACCGUGGUUGUCUUUGAUCCUCAGUAUUACAUGACUAUCACUAGAUAUGGAAGCGUCACGGCGGCCGCUACAACAACUGCAAGCGGUGAUGGGUCCAGCCCAACUCUUACCGUCGUGGUUGAUCUACCUCAACCUUACACUACAGUUACUAGCUAUGGCACUUUCACUGCAGCUAGCACUAGAACAUAUCCGCCUUCUGCUGCAGGACAGACAGGCACUGUCGAGGUUGAUCUACCUCAGUCCUACACAACAGUCACGACUUAUGUUGAUGGAAUGACUGCUCCUCUUACCACAACGAACCAACCUGCUAAGGCUGGGGAUCCGGCCACUGUUGUUAUCAAGAGUCCUCAGGCAUACACAACCGUGACGAGUUAUGGUUCUUGGACCCAACCUACUACUACGACAUUGUCCCCAACUGGUCCUGGAGGGUUGGGUACUGUUCUUGUGGAGAGGCCUCAGUCAUACACAACAGUUACCAGUUAUGGUACGUAUACAACAGCUGUAACAAGCACCAUGGCACCAGUAUCUCCAGGUGGUGUUGCUACUGUUGUAGUAGGUUGGCCACAGCCAUACACGACUGUAACUAGCUAUGGCAGCUUUACAGCAGCAUCAACCACUACAAUGGCACCACCGUACCAAGGCGGUACAGGAACUGUUGUUGUAGACUUACCCCAGUCCUAUACGACUACUACAACCUGGGGUUCCUUCUCGUCAAGUGGUACCACUACCAUAUCACCAACGUCUCCGGGUGGCGUUGCUACAGUGGUUAUGCAAAAACCCCAACCAUACACUACUGUAACUAGCUAUACCAGCACUGUCUCAAUCCAGAGCACAUCCACUGGGACACCUGCUUCCGCCGGGCAGACUGCCACUGUAGUUGUCGUCGCUCCACCAGUUGGAACAAAGGCUGCAGAUCAGACAUGUGACAAUGGUGGUCUGGAAUACGCCAUCUAUACCAACUCGUACUACAACGCUGAUCCGCCCAAUUACUCUUCCCUCAACGUAACAUAUUUUAGCACAGCGGCACCGACUUACACUGGUAUUACGAGUUCCAUCGGCAUUACAGAACCAGGCGGAGUCAAAGCAGGAAACUCAGGCCCUGCUCAGGCUAUUUAUCCUGGCUCACCAAGUCAGACAUGGCAGUACAAGGCUGUGAACCAUCGGGCAUUCUUGUAUGCGCCAAUAAAUGGUACUUACUCUGUUGUUGUCCCAUACUCUGAUGAGGUUACACUCGUUUGGUUUGGUAAGAAGGCUCUGUCAACAUGGACACGUGCCAAUGCAGAUCUGGAGCAGAAUUUUUCAUCAGGGCCUUCCACCUCUAAGACCCUCAAGAUGCAGCUGACAGCAGGCACUUACACGCCGUUCCGGGUUUUCUGGGCUAAUGCUCAGGGAGACUAUUCUAUGAUAGUUACUGUUACAGCUCCGGACGGUACUGUAAUUGUUAAUGGCUCUGGGUCAUCAAGCAAAUACUUUGUUAGAUAUGCUUGUGAUUCUAGUACACCUGCUUAUCCUGCAUUUGGACGCGGUGGUUAA